AUGUCGGCAAACAACGGUACAUCAAGCGGGCAAGCUUCUAAUGGCUCAGAAUCUGCCGUGGUUCCUAGGGACGUUCGUCUUCUUCAUUUGAUGUUCGCUACACAAGGAAUUCAAAACUAUCAAGACCAUGUUCCAUUACAACUCAUGGAUUUUGCUCACAGAUACACAACAUCAAUCUUGAAAGAUGCUCUAGCGUAUAAUGACCAUUCGCGUAAUGUUGUUGGUGGAACAAACAAUAAUAACACGGUCAAUACAGACGACAUAAGGUUGGCCAUUGCUUCGAAAACAAACUACCAAUUCAAGCCCACACCACCAAAGGAACUAAUGUUGGAGUUGGCACACGAACGUAAUUCCAAGAGUCUCCCGCCAGUGAUUCCAAAGUGGGGUCUUAAUUUGCCUCCGGAAAAAUACUGUCUCACUGCUCGCGAUUGGGACACUUUGGAAGAGGAAAUUGAGGAUAUGGAGGGUACCAAGAAACAAAGGAGGUAG